UGGUAUGUUGAGAAAAAGCUAGCCAAAACAGUAACAAAAGUAAAGAUUAAACAAGUAAUAUCAAGAUACAAAUUACAAUGACAGAAGUUGAGGUAUUUUGUUUUUGCAGAAGUAGAACAUAGAGAUGUUUGGGCACAGACGAACACCCAGUGACUCAACAGAAUUCAAAGUUCUCACAAAGAGAGAUGCUCAGGUUCAGCUAGCUCAAGAACUGGAAAAGCUAUUGCUUACUGUACCAAGCAUACAGAGAGAGAGAAUUGAGGUAGAAUUCCGAGGUUUUCAGAAGCUUUUCCUGAAGUAUCUGCAAGGAGUGGGAUCUUCUGUUGAUUGGGAUAAACUUGAGAAACCACCAGAUGAUUCUGUCAAAGAAUAUGACAGUCUUCCUAAGCCAGCGGAAGAGAAAAUCAAGUCGUUGCUGGACAAGUUAGUGGUUGUGAAACUUAAUGGAGGUUUGGGAACAAGCAUGGGUUGUACAGGACCAAAAUCUGUUAUUCCUGUUCGUAGUGACCUCACAUUUUUGGACCUUACUGUACAGCAGAUAGAGCAUUUGAAUAAAACCUAUCAUGUUGAUGUACCUUUAGUCCUGAUGAACUCUUUUAAUACAGAUGAAGAUACCCAGAAAAUCUUAAAGAAGUAUCGAGGUUUUAAAAUAAAGAUUUAUACGUUCAUGCAGAGCAGGUAUCCACGCGUCAACCGAGAAAGCAUGCUACCUGUUCCUACAUCUAUUGGAAAUGGUGACUCUGAGGCCUGGUAUCCACCAGGCCACGGGGACUUUUAUGAAUCUUUUCAGAAUUCUGGAUUACUUCAAGAGUUUCUCCAGCAAGGAAAAGAAGUUUGUUUUGUUUCUAAUAUUGACAAUCUUGGAGCUACAGUCGACCUCAAUAUAUUAAACACCAUGAUAACGGAUAUUAAUGGACUAAAACCAGAAUUUGUAAUGGAAGUAACAGACAAAACUAUUGCUGAUGUGAAGGGUGGUACAUUGACACAAUAUGAAGGGAAACUCAGAUUACUGGAAAUUGCCCAAGUUCCAAAAGAAAACGUUGAUGAAUUCAAGAGUGUCAAGAAAUUCAAGAUUUUCAACACUAAUAACCUAUGGAUAAGGCUACAGAGUAUUCAAAACUUAGUGGAAGAAGGUGGACUAGACAUGGAAAUUAUUGUGAAUGACAAGCACUUGGACUCCGGAGUGAGCGUUAUUCAACUGGAAACGGCUGCAGGUGCAGCUAUGAAGGAUUUUACAAAUGUUAUGGGAAUCAAUGUACCUCGUCAGCGUUUCCUUCCCGUAAAAAAAACCUCAGAUCUGCUGGCUGUCAUGAGCAACUUGUACCUCAUGAAGAAUGGAACGUUGAUGAUGAGCCCUCGUAGAGCCUUUCCUACUGUGCCUCUUGUUAAACUUGGAGAUAAUCAUUUUGCUAAGGUACGAGAAUUCUUGCGUAGAUUUGCCAGCAUACCAGACAUGCUAGAAUUGGAUCAUCUAACAGUGUCUGGAGAUGUGACUUUUGGUAAAGGAGUAUCUCUAAAGGGAACUGUUAUCAUCAUUGCCAACCAUGGGGACAGAAUUGAUAUACCACCUGGUGCUGUACUAGAAAACAAGAUAGUUUCUGGUAACCUUCGAAUCUUGGAUCAUUGAGACAAAAAAAAAGCAGCUUUAAGCUAGAAAAACCAGACAGAUAUGAUCAUAUCUAACUUGCUGGUCACCUUAUACCUGAGAUUGUUUUGUUGACAGAAAUAGUUAACUAGAUUGAACAUUCUAACUUUAAUAUAAAUUAUGUACUUGGUAAUUUUUUACAUGAAAAAUAAUCUUUACUUUUUUACUUAUAUUUUUACUAUUAAUGAUAACUAAAGUAACUUGUAACAUUUUUUGUGGUACAACAGGAAAUCAGUUUAAGGCUGAUUUUCGUUUUGUUUCCAGUAAAAACCAAUUAAGAAAAUAUCAUGCAGUAGUUUUAAAACAAAAAUUAUAAUCAGCUAAAAGGUUAACUCCGAUAUCUUCAGAAUUCAAGGUGAAUAUGAAACAUCAGUUAAUUGUAUGAGUUUCCUUCUAUAAUAUUAUUUUAGCAGUUUCAAAGUUUUUAUAUAGUAUUUGGGACAACCUCUUAAUAUUAUGCCACAAUCAGUUUUAGUUGUGACAACUGGACAAAAGAAUUUGAAUCAAUAAUAUUGAGAUGAAAAGCAAGAGCAAAAAUAGUUUGCAUUUUGAGGUAUUAAUGUAUAAUUGGCUGAAUAAUUACUUCAUUUAUGUUGUAAAGUAACUGACCAAAUAUUUCCUAGAACGAUCGUCAGAUUUUUUAUUUUCAAUGAACCUGAUAUGAUGAGUUUUUAUUUAAUAUAGAAUUACUGAGAAAUAUUUCAUAACAGAAGAUUUCACACAAGUUUUGAAACAUCUGCCUAUCUGCUCUUAACAAUUAAUACAACUCAUUUUCCUAAGUUUUGUAAAUUCUGCUGAAAGUUUCAACAUAUUUGAUUACAAAAAUUUAAACCUUUAUUUGAGAUUUGUUAAGUAACAAAAUAUUCUUCACCAUAAAAAUAUAAAUAAAAUUCUGUCACUUUUUUUUUAUGAAAUUUAAUUACUAUUUUAUACUGGUAAAGCUUUUAUGAGAGAUAUCUGAGGGAACACAACACUGUAUGAAUUGCCAUAAGGUAUUAAUAUGCAACUCAUCUGUAUUUGAUCUUUCUUAUGCAUUGUUUUGAUUUCAAGAACUAAUUUAUGAGAACAUUUUAAAUCUGAUCAUAAGGUUAUUAUAAAUGAACAUCAAUGUUUGAGGCAACUUGCUUGUACUAAAUAACUUUUCUAUGUAAAAACUAUUAAGACCUAGUCAAGAUAUAGUUACUUCAUUAAAUUUUGUGCCAUGAUCUUAAAACUGAGUGAAUAAAAGAAUCUUUGUAUCAAUUAGAAACUCUUGGUAGUUUUAGACUCUAAAAAUAAAAAUAAGCAUUUCUCAA